UUCAUUUCACAUACCACCUCCAAAGCUUUUCCUCCACCGCCAAAACUUGCUUCACUUCUCCAGAUUUUCUCUCUUCCGUUGCCAAAACCUAGACGCGGAAGUAAUGGCCUACAGGCGUAGCAUCAUGGCUAGAUCGAAGUUGUUCUACCAACAGCACCAGCGAUUUUCGCCUUCACUGUCACACAUUAGUGGCAGCGACCGUGAGCAGUUGCCUGCGAAAACGAAUCCUGAGAUGCUCAGCACUUUUCUGAUAUCCAGAAACAAUGCUGGCAAUCUUCGACUCAUGCGUUCUGAGGUUCCUGCGGGCUAUGGGCUGCUAUCAGGAAAUGUAUCUCGACUUAUGCAUUCUGAGGUUCCCACAGGCUAUGGGCUGAUUUUCCACAGAAAUAUUUCAAAGGUGCCUUCCGAGAUUGAGGCCCCUGCUGAAGAUUUGAAUGGAGUGAUCGGUGUGGUGGCUGAUAAGGCUUUUGAGGCAGCUCCAAUGGUGAAUGAAAUGGCCACUGCAGCAGCAGAUUCAAUCAGUAACAUGAACAUAAUUGGAUAUAUGCACUCAUUCACUGGUUUAGAAUGGUGGGCAUCAAUUGCAGCUGUGACUCUUCUGCUGCGUAUUUUGUUUGUUCCUUUUCAAGUAUAUCGUCUUCAAUAUUUUUCCCAUGAUGGCGAACGUCGAGAUAACGAAUUCCUUUCAGUUGCGAUAUUCUUCCAUAUCGAGGGUGCUAUUGAAAAAAAAUCUGAGAUAUCUAAAUGGCUGGAUAAAUAUGGUCGAUUUUACGUUUGUGGAUUUAGAUGCUCAUAUAUACCUGCCAUUUGUGUUUUCUUUUGCGUUUUAGACAUGGUGAAGAAUGUACCCUCUUUUACAACAGGUGGAACAUUAUGGUUUACAGACUUAACAACUCCCAAUCGCUUGGAACUUCCAAUCCUUCUGGCGUUGACAUUUUGGGUUAGGAUGAAAUUGAAUCCAACACAAUAUUUGCAAAUCGGAGAACUGUAUAUGAAGUCUCAUGAAAUUGCAGUUCGUGCUGUGGUACUAUACCUUGUCGCUGUUGCUGCAGGAUUCCCCACGGCUGUAUACAUUCCUUGGAUCACCUCUAACCUCUUUUCAAUAGCAUACGGGGCUGUUAUGAUUCAUCCUCGAGUUCAGAAAUUGUUGGGGAUAUCAUUGGAGAUACCACAUUCCGCUCGAAAAUAGACAUCAUGAAGUUAGAGUGGCCAAAAAUAGCAGUAUUUUGAACUCGUUAUUUUGUGUCUUCAAUCAAUAACCAAACAUGGUGAUGUAGUAUCACAAACUAACUAGGAUUUCAGAGCGUUGGCUGCAGACAUAUUGCCCUUUUUGUGUUUCA